AGAGGUAUAUAGCUUAAUAGCUUGUUGCAGCAACAAUUCGUGAAUCAGCGAGGAGCUGAAAAACUGAAUGGAGAGAUCAGCAUCAGCAAAGAUGAUGGUGGUGGUCAUGGCGGCUUUCGCCAUGAUUAUCAUGGCCACGACCACGACGGCGCAACAAUUCUCGGAAGACGAGAAGGCGGCCUUCGUCAACCUCCACAACAGCGCCCGCGCGGCGGUGGGCGUCGGGCGGGUGGCGUGGAACGACGCGCUGGCGGCGCAGGCCCUGCAGCACGCGCGCUACUGCCAGACGCAGCACAUCCCGGGGCCCUACGGCGAGAACCUGUGGUGGAGCUACGGCGCCGGCACCACCGGGACGCCGGCCGACGCCAUGAGCUACUGGCUCGCCGAGAAGGCAAAGUACUACUACGACAGCAACUACUGCUCGGCGGGCGAGCUCGGCUGCACGCACUACACGCAGGUGGUGUGGAGGCGCACGGCGUACGUCGGCUGCGCCCGCGUCGCCUGCAAUACCAACGGCAUCGGCACCAUCAUCGCUUGCAACUACUUCCCGCGUGGUAACAUGAAGAACGAAAGGCCCUACUAACGCGAUAGAUAUCUGCAUGUCAUGAUGCCCUAUCUAUUAUAUAUCUAAAAUAAAGAUGUAGUAUUGUACUGUCUAGCUAGUGUGUAAACGUAUCCAGUAGUGUGUAAGCGUAUCAUUUUUUUAUAAAUAAUAAAUUUGAAUUUUUCAGCCCAUUCUGUA